GUUCAUUUUCGUAUGCAUUCAAGGUGAAAAGAGUAAAUAAUUUGACGUUUUCUUUUUUUUCGGUUGUGUUUUGGAUUCUUUUACAAUCUCUACAACACAAACUCGUUUUGUCCAUUAAUAUUUGGCUGUUAUAAGACGUGUCACACUAUAACAGGCAUCUCAUCAAAUCCAGAGCACUUCAGUCUGGAUAGUUGAGCAUUAAAGAAUUGCCUGAACAGAAAUUGUAUUGGGUUCAAGGGUCAAAGUUCGAGGGUAUACCUACAUUUUGAAGAAAUUGAAAGAACUGAGAAAAAUCGCCACUCAACAUGACUGAACAGAAGACUAGUCCAAUUAAAUAUUUCAUUUCUGGAGGAUUUGGUGGAGUUUGUACAGUCCUCGCCGGUCAUCCGCUGGACACUAUCAAGGUUAGACUACAAACGAUGCCACUUCCCGCACCCGGAGCUGCCCCAAUGUACACUGGCACAUACGAUUGUGCAAGGAAGACCGUUCAGCGAGAAGGUUUCCGUGGUCUGUACAAGGGCAUGUCUGCACCGAUAGCUGGAGUAGCACCGAUAUUUGCGAUGAGCUUUUUCGGAUUCGGUGUGGGCAAACGAUUGCAACAGAAUACGCCCGACGAAAAACUGUCGAAUUUACAACUGUUCCUAGCCGGUUCGUUUUCCGGUGUGUUUACAACCAGUAUUAUGGCGCCUGGUGAACGAAUUAAGUGUCUGCUACAGAUUCAACAGGGUGGCAAUCAGCCGCAAAAAUAUAAUGGAAUGGUUGACUGUGCGAAGCAAUUGUAUAAGGAAGGUGGCAUUCGGAGCAUAUACAAAGGAUCGGUGGCAACAUUACUGAGAGAUGUCCCAGCAAGUGGAAUGUAUUUCUUAACGUAUGAAUGGAUCAAAGAAUGGGCAGCCGAAAAAUUCGGUUCUGAUGGCAGUCGUGGCCUAAUGGGUACGAUCUUCGCCGGCGGUAUGGCUGGCAUAGCGAAUUGGUCCGUUGGCAUGCCGGCUGAUGUGUUGAAGAGUCGACUACAAACAGCACCACAAGGAACGUACAAAAAUGGCAUUCGUGACGUGUUCCGUGAAUUGAUGCGAACCGAAGGUCCGUUGGCUUUAUAUAAAGGUGUAACGCCAGUGAUGUUACGAGCAUUCCCGGCCAAUGCUGCCUGUUUCAUUGGCUUUGAAAUAUCGAUGAAAACUCUUAAUAUUAUUGCUCCGAAUUUAUAAUCAUCGAUGCAUGAAUCGUAAUGAACGGUGGAUGGUUAAUUGUUGUUGAAAGAUGAAAGAUAUUAAGAUGUUCACUACUACUAAGAUACAAAUUGCUUAUGAAGUCAUUUUUUUAUAAAACGAAAAAAGGAAAAUUAUAGAUUUUACAGUU